GCUGGGAACUUUCUUAGAACUGCCAACUGUUUGGCGGGCAGCGCUGCCUUUGCCUUGGUCACUGCCAGCUUCUCUCGUGCGGCUCGCACCGCGGCAUCGCUUCUCUCCUCCUCCUCCCCGGCCUCUGUGGAGCCCAGCAUGCAGUGGAACUUGACCUCAGAGCAGCUCUCUGAGCUGCUGCGGCUGCACAACCUGACGCGCGCACAGUUCAUCGCGCGCUAUGGGCUGCGACCACUGGUGCUCACCCCGCAGCUGCCCGCGAGAGCCAGGCUGGCCCUUCUGCUCGCUGGCCUGCUCAUCUUCGCCCUGGCGCUCUUCGGCAACGCCCUGGUGGUCUAUGUGGUGACCCGCAGCAAGGCCAUGCGCACGGUCACCAACAUCUUCAUCUGCUCCCUGGCGCUCAGCGACCUGCUCAUUGUCUUCUUCUGCAUCCCGGUCACCAUGCUCCAGAACAUCUCUGACACCUGGCUGGGGGGUGCCUUCAUUUGCAAGAUGGUGCCAUUUGUCCAGUGCACUGCCGUUGUAACAGAAAUCCUUACUAUGACCUGUAUUGCUGUGGAGAGGCACCAGGGACUUGUCCACCCUUUUAAAAUGAAGCAGCAGUACACCAAUCAAAGAGCUUUCAAAAUGCUAGGUGUGGUGUGGCUGGUGGCUAUCAUCAUAGGAUCACCCAUGUGGCAUGUGCAACGACUUGAGGUUAAGUAUGACUUCCUAUAUGAAAAAGAACACAUCUGCUGUUUGGAAGAGUGGAGCAGCCCCAUGCAUCAGAAAAUCUACACUACCUUCAUCCUUGUCACCCUCUUCCUGCUGCCUCUCUUGCUGCUGCUUGUCCUGUACAGUAAAAUUGGUUAUGAGCUUUGGAUCAAGAAAAGAGUCGGGGACGGCUCAGUGCUCCAAACUAUUCACGGAAAGGAAAUGUUCAAAAUAGCCAGGAAGAAGAAGAGAGCCGUGAUCAUGAUGGUGACAGUGGUGGCCCUCUUUGCUGUGUGCUGGGCACCUUUCCACAUCGUUCACAUGAUGAUUGAAUACAGUAAUUUUGAAAAGGAAUAUGAUGAAGUCACGAUCAAGAUGAUUUUUGCCGUAGUGCAAAUAAUUGGAUUUUUCAACUCCAUCUGUAAUCCCAUUGUCUAUGCAAUUAUGAAUGAAAACUUCAAAAAAAAUUUUGUGUCUGCAGUUUGCUAUUGUGUAGUAAAAGAGACAUUCUCUCCAGCAUGGAAGCAUGGAAGUUCAGGAGCUAUGGUGAUGCAGAGGAGAGCAAAGUUAGAUGGCAGAGAGAAUCUUGUAGAGAUCAGAGAAGAUGCAUUUGGGGACAACAACAUCAGUGUCAAGUGGUGUGAACAGCCAGAGAAGAAGAAGAAGAAAUCACAAGUGGCAUCUUGUUCUCUUUAGCUCUGAAUUUCUGAGACAUCUGCUGUAGGUGUGGACAUUAAUUGUAACAGUUUCUUCAGAAUCAGUAUCCAUCACAUGAUAAUUGAGAGAAAAUUUACAUAGAGAAAAGUAUAGAGCUUUCAUGUUAAAAAUGUUGAAAAGCCCCUGAAAGGUAGAGGUGGGGGAAUCAGGAAUUUAAAAAUAAUCCUCAGCUGCAUAAUGAGUUUGAGGAUAACCUGGCCUACGAGAGACCCUGUCUCAGAAAGUCAAAACAGUAACAGCCAUAGCUGAUAGUGACACAACACUUUUCCAUUGAAAAUACAUAUGAACUAUCAUUUAAAAAUUUUGAUCACUCUUGUAAUUGCUAGAUAACAUUUUAUCUUUUUAAUUUUUUUUUAUUUUGUGUAUACGAGUGCAUGUAUGUCUGUGAACCACGUGCAUGCCUGGGUGCCUACAGAGAUCAGAAGAGGGUAUCCAGUUUCCUGGAAAUGGAGUUGCCGGUGGUUGUGUGCUGCUACAUGGAUCCUGGGAAUCAAACCCAGGUAUCCUGGAAGCGCAACCAUCUCUCCUGUCUUAAAGUGUUGUUUUAAAAAUCUUGUAUAAAACUUGCCAGUCGGUGGUGGCUCAUGCCUUUAAUCCCAGCACUGGGGAGGCAAA